AUGGCUACUCAAGCUGCUCAAACCAUUCCAGCCACCAUAGUCAUAGAUCUAGAAGCAAAACUGGAUCAAUUCGUUCAAAAUUUCGAAGAUAAGCUAGAUUCCAUCGUCCAAAGGCUCCAAGCACAACAAAAGGAGCAUCGACAAGGGAUGCGUGAAAUUUUUGCUAACUUUUUCCCGGAGACAGCAUGUGACGAACCACCUACGAUGAAGAACCAAGAGCAUCAUGAGCUCCAUCAAAGCUUCCAACGACGUAUCAUUCUCGCAGGAAAAGAAGAAUCCAUAUUACACAAGCUCGCAGGAGAGGAUGUAUUCAUGUUAAUCGAAGCUAUCAUAAGAACUCGAUUCCAUCAAUUAUUCUACGAGCAUAUUCAAGAUGAUGCUAGCAGAGAUAAACAUAUAGGAUUUUCGUCUGAUUAUGAGGGAUCACAGUCUCACGAAUUGAGUGGUGGUGCUAAUAUUAGAAGGAAUUCACGGAAACUUAACCAAGUCCGAGACAACAAGGAGGGUUACAUUCGAUCAAUGAAACAAAGUGUGGUGCCAAGGUCUCAGAGUAAAGGUGUUGAUUUGGGGAGAGUAUUCUGUUUUGGUUUUCAGAGAACAAAUCCUCAAAUGGCUAUGAAAGGCAACAGUUGGAGGAGUUAUUUCUACAAGGAAGAAAUUAACAACAAUGUCGCCCCAAGAACAGAACCAUACGGUGACCAAGCGACACAAGUAGAGCUAAUGAGCUUUAUUAUGGUGGAAGGUAAUACAUAUGGAUAUGGGAAUGAGUGGGAAGGUUUAUUAGAGGAUUUUAAGACCAUAAGACAAGUUAAAAGGCAAUCAACGACAGAAUUUACCAAGGGCAAGGAUAUGAGAUUCUAUGGCUUCAUAUCAUGUCAUAAGGUCGUUGUAGUUAUCGAUUCUGGAGCGACCAACAAUUUUAUCUCAGAUGAGUUAGCUUUAGUUCUCAAACUACCCACGAGCACUACAAACCAAGCUUCAGUUUUAUUGGGACAAAGGCAGUGCAUACAAACCAUAGGAACUUGUUUUGGGAUCAAUUUGUUAGUUCAAGAAGUAGAAAUCAAUGAGAAUUUCCUUUUAUUAGAUCUGACCAAGACUGACGUGGAUGUGAUUCUAGGGUAUGGUGGCUCUCAAAACUUGGAGAGACAAUGGUUAAUUUGGCUGAAUCAAGAUUUCUCCUUCUUCCACAACCAACAAUGGGUCACUCUUUGUGCUAAGGACAAAGAACUUGAGCAAGUUACUACAAAAGUAAAGAUGAAGAGUGAAUAUGAGCAAGAAAAAAUUGAUCAUUACCUUGAAGACAAGGUAGUUUUAAAAGGGGGGAGUAAGGCUAUGUGGGGAGGAAUUGCUAAGGAUAUACCAUGGAAACAGAAAAUGAGUGGUGAAAGUCUUGCUAAGGAAAUACUAUGGAAACAGAAAAUAAGCGGUGAAAGUCGAAAGAAUUUUUCAGAGAUUAUGUUGAAAGUGUCAAGGCUCAAGAGUGCUCAAACCAUUGGAAACUAUGGCGGAUUAGAGGCGCAACAGGGUAGUCUAGGAGUGAUGCCCAUGGGUUACAAGGGUGUUGGAGAGAAGCAAGAGGAGUUUCCAUUGAGGCUUAUAUUUAUCGGGAAAGCGGGUCAAUCGCCACGGCCACCAGAAUUGUUUUGUGGUAAAGUGUUGGGACAAGAGGGAAGUCUUUUUCAAAAACACAAAGGAGAGAAAGGUGGUCACCUAAACUUAUGGUUAAUGACGAAUGGAGGGAAGUCUUGGUUAGAGGCUGGAAUUUGUUUAAAACUGCAGAACGGAGUCUUUGAGUGUUGUAAGAUAUCAUAGUUGUUCAUCUCAAAGUGGUCUUCAUCAUCAAGAAACACGGUGGCAGGGGAAGGACCAGCUAAAGAGAGCAGGUGGAAGCAGUUGGAGAUCGUUCAUAGGAGCUUUGGUGAAAUCUUCUUUGUCAAGAUUGGUUAUGUUCGUACCUGCAACUUUGAAUCUAUAACAAAUGAUGGGGUACAAAGAAACAAGAUAUUGAUCGA